CUGAACCUCAACUUCAACUUCUCCAGUUUCUGCUCAUGUUUCGACAUCAGAACACUCCGCUGCCACCACCAUUGCAGCUACGGAUCUAACAUUCACUCUGGCAAGAUGGCGUGCCUACACUGCACGAGGGCGCCAGUCUCCCUUUUCUCCGCGAGAUCUCUCUUCGAAUCUCUCCCACGCCGACCUGCCUCCUCCCUCGUCAUAAAACCCCAAUCCCAGUCGUCCCGCUCCCAAUCCCGCGCCUUCUCCCACCUCUUCUCCAAACGACAGCCGACAGCAGCCACAUCAACCACAUCUUCCUCACAACCAUCAAUACUCCACCGCCUCCUCCCGUCACCCGCUACCACUACUGCCUUUGCGCAACCCACGAGCGCGACAACAGCGGGUUUGCCGCUCCUAUCAUUAUCAAUACCGUCUUUCCCCACCCGCCCAUUCUCCGCCUCAGCAGCCCUGGGGGCGAAGCGGGUUACGUUUAACCCCAGCCGCCGCGUGCAGAAGCGCCGCCAUGGGUUCCUGGCAAGAUUGAAGACUCAGAGUGGGCGGAAGAUUUUGGCGAGGAGACGGGCAAGGGGGAGGAAGUAUUUGAGUUGGUAGGCAAGGAGGAGGGGGAACCGCGCCCCCGGGGGCGGGGGUUUAUUACUCCCUUUUAUUUUGUAUUCUUCAUAUAAACAUUUUAUUUCCUUACCUGUGCUGAAUUUGAUAUAAAAUGUUUUUGGUUGGGCUAGUUUGUUCUUUGGGCCGGGAUGUGAGGGUUCGGUCGUUAUGCUGUGGGUAUGCUGUGUACGAUAUUUAACUCUACGGUGAAUCUGUGUCGGGGGGAGAAGAAGCUUUCAUGCAUUGAAGUUGGGCCCAUUCUACCACUCCACAAUCCCUUGCUUCGGGGAUUCCAUGUUCAAAAAUGCCAAAGUUUUACUUGCCAGCCUCGGUGAUUCUCUCCAACGAGGCUUUUUUGAGGUAUUUCUUCUGGCAUUCCUGGCCACUGUCGGGACGGGGUAAUACUUCAAUCUGCAAUCUUCAAGCUUUCUACUCCCUUCUGCCUCCUACCUUCCCCCAUCCACCGGGACAUCUGCGGAUCUUUUCGAUAUGCGGGAGCAUUACGCACACCAAUCCCGCGAUUUUCUCCCUUCUAAAUACCAAGCUAGAUGCCAGCCAUUGAAUAUGAUAUCUACCCUCCCGCCUCUCUGUAGACUAACUCGCAAGAAUUCGAUUUCUGAAUAUGUAGAUAUUUACUUUCAUUCCAUGUUCUAUUUUUAACAUACUG